CUCGCAGACAAAAAAAGAAAAAAAUAAUGUUAGCAUAUAUGUACCAAAGCUUAACGAGUAGGCUGACAAAAAGAGGAGAGUCAGUUUACUUGCAGCUUUGUAUAUAUUGUAACAUUAUUCCUUUCUGUAUAUAAAUAUGUUUGUAUCUUCUCACUAAUCCUUCAAAAGUUAUAGAGUUAACUCACAACCAAAAUAAAUCAGUCAAAAUGUCUAACACAUCUACUGAUUCAACUACAAAUAAUUAUUUAAUGGAAAGCAAUUUAACCGAACUGGAUGAACCAGAACAAUUUAGUCAUGAAAAAGUAGAAAAGGAAAAGGAAAAGGAAAAGGAAAAUGAAAAUGAAAAUGAAGAUGAAGCUAGUAAUGAUAGACCUGAAGAUAUAGGAGAAGAAUUAGCCACCAUAACAUCUAAAAAUCUUGGUGAUGCAUAUUUAGUUACCUUUGAUGGGGGUGAUGAUGAUAGAGAAGAUGCUUCAAGGUUAUCAAAAUUUCAUAAAUGGAUGAUUGUUGGAAUUAUUUCAACUGGUUCUUUAUGUGUUACAUGUAUUUCAUCAUCUUGGUCUUUAGUUUCUGAAGAAGUUAUGGCACAUUUUCAUAUUAGUCGAGAAGUUAGUACUUUAGGUAUUUCAUUAUAUAUUUGGGGGUUAGGAACUGGGGGGAUGUUCUUAUCUCCAAUAAGUGAAUUUCAUGGUAGAAAAAUGGUUUAUAUUAUGGGUAUUUCUUUAACUUUAGCAUUUGAAUUUUUAACAGCUUUUAGUUCUAAUAUUGGUGGUGUCUUAUUUGGUAGAUUUGUUAGUGGAUUUGCUGGUCUGAGUUUUAUGUCGGUUGCUUCUGGUUCAUUUUCUGAUUUAUUUAAAGCUAGAAAAGGUUCUAAAGGUGAUGCAAAUAAAGAAUUGGCUCUUGCUUUAGUACUUUAUUCUGUUUCUCCCUUUGUUGGUCCAGGUAUUGGUCCAUUAAUUUCUGGGUUUGUUUCAGAACAUAUUUAUUAUAAAUGGACAUUUUAUAUAUUAAUUAUUUGGUCAGGAGUUUUAUUGAUAAUGGUUAUUUUAUUUGUUCCUGAAACUUAUGAACCAGUAUUAUUGGUCAAGAAAGCUAAAAGAUUAAGAAAAGAAACUGGUGAUGAUAGAUAUUAUGCACCUUUAGAAAAAACUAAAAUCACAUUAUAUGAGAGUGUUGUCGUUUCUUCUAGAAGACCAUUCUUAUUGAUUUUCAGAGAUAAUAUGACAAUGGCUCUUUGUUUUUAUACUGGGUUUACUUUAGCAAUUGUUUAUAUGUUCUUUGUGGCUUUCCCAUAUAUCUUCAGCACAGUUUAUCAUUUUUCACUUCAAGCUCAAGGGAUGUCAUUCUUAGGUUUAAUUGCUGGUAUGCUUUUAACUUCAUUAUUAACUCCUCCAUUAAUUGCUAGAAAUUAUAAUCGUUUAUUAGCAAGACAUGGUGGAGUUUCUAAGCCAGAAUUCAGAUUUGUUCCUUUAAUGGCAGGAGUAUUUAUUGUUCCUAUUGGAUUAUUUAUUAUAGCUUGGACUUCUUAUCCUCAUGUUCAUUGGAUUGGUCCAAUUAUGGGUUCAGCUGUUUAUGGUGUAGGAACUAUUUUAGUAUUCAAUGGUAUUUUUGCAUAUACGGUUGAAGCUUAUAGAUUAUAUGCAGCUUCAGCUAUGGCUACUAAUUCAUUUGUUAGAUCAGUUAUGGCGGGUAUAUUCCCAUUAUUUGGAGUUCAAAUGUAUGAAGGAAUGGGAAUUCAAUGGGCUACUUCCUUAUUAGCCUUUUUCGCAUGUGCCUUAAUUCCUAUCCCAUUUGUUUUCUACAAGUAUGGUGAAUCAUUAAGGGCUAAAAGUCCAUAUGCAUGGUCAGAUUAGUUGGGAAUGAGUAUGCAUGGAGGGUAGAGCUUACGGUACAUUUAAUUAUAGAUAGAAUCUUUAUAGACACUAAUACUUAUACUAAUACUAAUACUGUACUAAUUUGGCGCGCAUUUCGGUGAUGGAACUUCUGCGA